AUGCCGUCUCCAUUCCUCACUCCCGGCGCCUGCUCGGCGCCUGACAGUCUUGCGAUGCUCCAUAUCCGUCGCGACCAGACUAUUCCGACAAUCCUCCGCACCCACGACGAUGAGAACCUAGGUUACAAGGAAGGAAAAGUGGCCAACACUCGUUUCGGAUCAUUCCCACACACUACGCUGCUCGGUCAGCCCUGGGGCUCUCAGAUUGCAGCUUCCAAAGUUGACACCGGUUCCCGCGGCCGCAAACCUCAGAACCCAGCCAAGCGCAAGGCCGAGGAGCUGGAUGCUUCGGGGACAACCACGGGUGACGAUGACACACCUUCCGUCAAGACACCGGUCACCGCAGCAAGUGGUUUCCUGCACAUGAUGUACCCAACGCCAGAAUCUUGGACAUAUUCUCUUCCCCACCGUACCCAGGUCGUAUAUACCCCCGACUACAGCUAUAUUCUGCACCGUCUUCGCGUGCGCCCAGGAAGUACGAUUAUUGAGGCUGGUGCUGGUAGCGGUUCGUUCACCCACGCGUCAGUCCGCGCCGUGUUCAACGGAUAUCCCAGUGAGGAGCAACCCACAAGUAAGAAGCGGAGGUUCGGAAAGGUGUGCAGCUUCGAGUUCCAUGAGCAGCGUGCUGGAAAGGUACGAGAGGAGAUCUCGGAGCAUGGACUGGACGGACUGGUCGAGGUGACCCACCGCGACGUUUACGAAGAUGGAUUCCUACUGGGAGAUCCAAAGACAGGGAAAUCGCCCAAGGCCAAUGCUAUCUUCCUCGACUUGCCAGCCCCAUGGCUCGCACUUCCGCACCUUGUGCGCAAGCCAGCUUCCGGUGCUGAGUCUCCACUUGACCCUGCGUCGACCGCAUUCAUUUGCACGUUUUCACCGUGUCUCGAGCAAGCAGAGCGCACCAUCCGCAUGAUGCGCAAGUUAUCCUGGUUGAAUAUCUCCAUGGUUGAGGUCCAGCACAACCGUAUUGAUGUGAAGCGCGACCGUGUUGGGCUCGAUGCCGAGGGUGUGCGCGGGGCAACCGUUUACCCCACAACUGUGGAGGAGGCAGCUCACAAGCUCUGGGCGGAUGAGGAGCGUGCCAAGCGCAUUCGCCUCAACCUCCCCGAUAAGACUGCCGACCCAGAAGACGCGGAAGCUUUGAAAGAGGAUAUCAAGGCCCCGGCGAAGUACUUGGUGGAGAAAUCAACGGAGCCGGCAUACAAGUUGGGUCGCCUGGUGCACCGCCCCGAGCCGGAGCUGAAGACUCACACUUCAUACUUGGUGUUUGCCAUCCUUCCCCGAGAUUGGUCGGAGGAGGAGGAGCAGAAGUGUCGCCAGCAGUGGCCCUCGGCCAAGGUUGAUGCAGCCCAAAAUAAGCCAAAUGAGAAGAGCAGGAAGCAGAUGAAGAAGGAAUUCAAGGCACAGCGGAUCAAGGAAGAAGAAGAAAAGAAGGCUACCGAACAAUCGGAAUCGGAGAUGAAGACUGAGGCAUGA